GUGCCUGCACUGGAACCGGGGAAAAGAGGAGGAGGGGGGUGGUGGGGAGAGAGGAGAAGAAGCAGCAGACGCCACCGAGGGAGCCACGUACCGCCACCGCCCCCGGUGCCUCCGGGGGUACCGAGGCCGGACAAGCCGCUGCAGGCAGGGCUGCAGGAGCCAGGACUAUGUCCACCAUGGUGUACCCAAGGGAGGAGAAACUGGACAAGCUGAGCCAAGAGGAGAUCAUUUCCAACACCAAGCUGGUGAUGCAAGGGCUGGAGGCGCUCAAGAAUGAGCACAACUCCAUCCUGCACAGCUUACUGGAGACCAUCAAGUGCCUGAAGAAAGAUGAAGAAGCCAAUCUAGUGCAUGAGAAAUCCAACCUGCUUCGCAAGUCAGUGGAGAUGAUCGAACUGGGGCUUGGAGAAGCUCAGGUGAUGAUGGCGUUGUCCAACCACCUGAAUGCUGUGGAGUCAGAGAAGCAGAAGCUGCGUGCUCAGGUGCGGAGACUGUGCCAGGAGAACCAGUGGCUGCGUGACGAGCUUGCCAACACCCAGCAGAAGUUGCAGCGCAGUGAACAAACCGUGGCUCAACUGGAGGAGGAGAAGAAACACCUUGAGUUCAUGAACCAGCUGAAGAAGUACGAUGAGGAUGUCUCGCCUUCGGAGGAGAAGGAAGGCGACUCUGCCAAGGACUCUCUGGAUGAUCUGUUCCCGAAUGAGGAGGAGGAGCACGGGCCUGGAUUGCCCCACCAGCACAGCAGUGCAGUGGCAGCUGCCCAGCAGGGAGGUUAUGAGAUUCCUGCACGCUUGCGCACCCUCCACAACCUUGUCAUCCAGUACGCUUCCCAGGGACGCUAUGAGGUGGCCGUGCCGCUCUGCAAGCAGGCGCUGGAGGACCUGGAGAAGACAUCAGGCCACGAUCACCCCGAUGUGGCCACCAUGCUCAACAUCCUGGCGUUAGUGUACAGGGACCAGAACAAAUACAAAGAGGCAGCACACCUCUUGAACGAUGCUCUCUCCAUCCGUGAGAAGACUCUGGGCAAAGACCACCCAGCGGUGGCAGCAACUUUGAACAAUCUGGCUGUUCUCUAUGGCAAGAGAGGGAAGUACAAAGAAGCAGAGCCACUGUGUAAGCGAGCCCUGGAGAUCCGUGAGAAGGUCCUAGGCAAAGACCAUCCUGACGUGGCCAAGCAGCUGAACAAUCUAGCCCUGCUGUGCCAGAACCAGGGCAAAUACGACGAGGUGGAGUACUAUUACUGCCGGGCCCUGGAGAUCUACGAGAGCUGCCUGGGUCCUGAUGACCCCAACGUUGCCAAGACCAAGAACAACCUGGCCUCCUGUUACCUGAAGCAAGGCAAAUACAAAGAUGCAGAGGUGUUGUAUAAGGAGAUCCUCACCCGUGCUCACGUGAAGGAGUUCGGCUCCGUGGACGACGAGCACAAGCCGAUCUGGAUGCACGCGGAGGAGAGAGAGGAGAUGAGCAAGAGCAAGCACAGAGACAGCGCUCCCUACGCUGAGUAUGGCGGCUGGUACAAGGCCUGUAAGGUCAGCAGCCCAACUGUGAACACCACGCUGAGGAACCUGGGCGCGUUGUACCGACGCCAGGGCAAGCUGGAGGCAGCCGAGACCUUGGAGGAGUGCGCGGUUCGCUCUCGGCGGCAGGGCAUCGACCCAAUCAACCAGACGAAGGUGGUGGAGAUCCUGAAGGAGGGCGAUGGCACAGAGAGGCGACGGAGCCUGGGGGGCGGCGUCAAGUACGAGAGUGCCACAGACGGUAGCGAGGAAGUGAGUAUGGGCGUGGAAUGGAGCGGGGUAAGUACAAGACACCAUCAAGAAUGGCCUCAGCCGGCUGCCAGAGGGAAAGGGACAGCCUUGCUCAGGGCUGUCCCUGCGUGGCCUGUCGUGGCAUCCUUGUCUGCCUCCAUUCGUUCCCUGCACACUUCCUUCCCUUCUUUCUUGGCAUGAGCCGGCCAGCCCGCACGGGUUGUGUGUCUGGGCUUUGGCUUCUGGCGUACCGGGCCAGAUAUCCCCAACUAAGGGCUUCUGCUUCCCAAGGGGGCUGCCAGGCCCUGACGAUGCACAGCAUGAGCUGGUCCUGGUCUGCCCUUAAUCUUAGCCUUGCAACCUUAUUAACAUCUCUCCCUGCUGUUCCCCUCUCGAGGCCCUGGCUGAGAGCACCGGCCCCAUCUCAGACCCACACAGCCUCCGUCAGCGACUCAGCUGGCUGUCCUGUACCGCACCGCAGGCGAUGCUGAGCCUGGGGGAGGGUUGUGUGUGUGCACGUGUGUGUGCUUGGUGUGGCUGUGACUGAAUGACCGCAGGGCACGGGGAUAGUCUGCAGCCAGCGUCUUUGCUGUCUCUCCCUCUCCUGGUCUUGUGUCUUCCGCAGGCUCUGGCCAAGCAGAGGUGGUAAAAGGCAGGUCUUUGUGGGAUGCCAGGCCAGGCUGACCAGUGGUGGCAAAUGAGGCUGGUGUUAGCUAAGGCACAGGCAGGGUGACCUGACCCUCUCUGGGCUUGCUCUGAAGCUGAGGGGCACUUUGGUCACUAGUACUGAGUUUGGAGCAAGGUAGCGGUCCAGGUCUGGGACUUUUGUCUUCUGCAAGGAGGAGGAUGGAGGUGGCAAGUGAGCGUGGUGCUGGUGGGUGCUUGGCUCGAGGGCUGCUAGAGCUGUUAACACUUACCGUUCCUCUUGCAAACUCUAGUUGAGAGUGUUGUGUAGCUGGAGACCCAGGGGUUGUUGCAGACUGACAGAGACGACACACUGAGCACAUGGAGUUCUUUGCUCCCCCCCCUCACAUCUGCUGUCACUAACCCUUCCCCACCUGGCUCGGCUCCAUCCCCACCCGCAUGAGCUCCCUUCCCUUCCCCCUUCCUUUUCCCUGUUGCCAUGACAGCCCCUCAAACACCCAAGCCUGAAGCCUGCUGGCUCUCUUGAUUGUGGAUUGUACCCAGGAGGUGGCUGGAGGGGACCUGGGGAGAAGAGCUUCAAGGUGACCUGGCAGCUCUGCCAGAUGUAGGGCUGUCCUCUGUCCCAGCUCUUGGCAUCAGGAGCAAAGAGAGUCCAAUCCCUGGCAAGACACCAACCCUGGGCCAUUUGCAGCCCCUCUUAGUAGAGGGGCAGGACAAGCACAGAGGGAGGAUUGCAGGUUUGGAUUAGGGUCACCUGGUCCCUGUCCUGGCUGCUGUCUCUCUGCCGUUCCUCCUGGCUGUGGCUGGUGUUGGGUGUUUGCUUUACGCUGGUGAUGGUCUGGGAGACCUUCCUGUUAGUCUCUGAGCUGAUCAUCCCAAAGCAAGCAGGCAAUACCACCCUCUCCCCACCUCUGACCCAGCCAAGGGGUACAGUACCUGCUUGUGUCACCCAGGGGGCUUGGCAGGGCUUACCUGGCCCAGCCAGCUGUAAAUAGAGGGUUUGAGGGCUAGCCCAGCACCCUAGGGGACAGGGCUGCUGCCACAUGAUGCUUGGUGCCUUUUCCAGCCUGCCGCACGUGUAGCCAGCCUCUUCUCCCCAGCCAGCAGCCCUGCGCUGGGCUGCUGCUCCCCCAAAAAUGAAGGCUGAGGCAGGUCCUGCUGCUCCUGUCUGUCACGGCCAGUUGUCCCCCGUGCUGGUCUAGAGACCUUGGACGUGCUGCCAUCCCUUAGCUGUCAGCUGCUGCAGGCAGGGCCCAUGGGGACAUCCCCCAGGGUGCCAGCAACCUCUGUGCCCUGCUACCAGGAGCAGCUCUGGAAGCACCCCAGGGCCUGGACCAGCUCCUGGCUGUCCGGGUAAUUGGUCUGGGAAGAGCCAGGGUCUGGGCCGUGAGAGCAGGGAUGGCACCAGCUCAGCGGGCACCUCGUGCCCAAGGUCCCAAGAGCAGGGAGCCCUCCGAAGCAGGUUGUUCCUCUUGGAACUGGCUGUUUCUGCCAGCCUGCCAAGAGUGCACAAAGCAUCACAAAGCUGUGAGCCCACUGUUCUGGCCUCACAGGACUCCCACCCCCCCGUCCCCCUGCCCAGAGGUGGCCCGUUGUCUCUGCAUGCAGCCUGGGCUCUGCCCCAUCUGCUCCCUGGGUGACCUACGACCUCACGGCCUUGUAAAUUGUGUCUCUCUCCUCUCU